GCCAAGCCUUAACUACAUUCCGAGCUUGGCGUGUACACAGUGAAGGAGUGGAUCAUUUUCUAUCGAAGGAAGGGUUUGGGGGUUUGAGGAGAUGGGAUUUGUGCAGGAAGCUAGAGAAAAUCACGUCAAGAAGAAAGUCGAAGAAGCUUUACGUAGCAAGAUGAAGCAGAAGGCACUAAAAGAGUGCGAUCAGUACACUGCAAAAUAUGCUGAAUGUUCUGCAGGAAGGACACUUUCGGUGGUUUGGAAAUGUCGCGGACAAGCUAAAGAAUUAAAUAAGUGUCUUCAUCAGUAUACCAACGACUCUGUCUUGGAGGAGAUGAAGAAAGAAUACACGCUUCAACAGGAAGGAAAGGGGCCUGUAAGAGUUUGAGACUUCCGAGUCCAUUUUCUUUAAUUAUAUUCUCUAUUGAUCAGGAGUACCCAAAGCAAGUGUUUCUGUUAAUGCAUGUGGGAACAACUCUAGUGCGGACCAUAUCAUAGCUGGUUUUGAACUUUACAAUUUGUCGGUUGUAUUUUUUUAUUUUCUAUGAAAUUAUCAGCAGCAGCAACUAUGAAGUGGGUAGGGGAUGAGCAUUUGAGAAAAAGAGAUGUUGAAUUUCUCUGAAAUUAUUAGGACUUUUGGACUGUUUAUAUUAAGUAGCUAUCAAGAAAUUUUCUGUUGUCUUUGGUUAUUGUCAAA